CUGCUCCAGUUCCCGCCCACGAAGGGGGUUAAGGUGAAGGGAACAAUCCUGUCUCAUCUGGGGGCCUGUCCAGGAUAUGAAAAACAGGUCUUGCUUUGUCACCCAGGCUGGAGUGCCAUGGAGCAAUCACUGCUCACUGCAACCUUGACCUCGUGGGCUCAAGCAGUCCUCCCACUUCAGCCUCAGUAUCACUCCAUCACCCAGGCUGGAGCACAGUGGUGCAACCUCAGCUCACUGGAAGCUCUGCCUCCUGGGUUAGAGUGAUUCAUGUGCCUCAGCCUCCCAAGUAGCUGGAAUUACAGACUCUACCCAACAACAGCAGAAUACACAUUUUCUUCAGGUUGACCAAGAGCAUUAACCAAGCCUUAUGCUAUAUCCAGACUUCUUUGAUGUAUCCAAGGACAAUGUGGCUAUUUGGAAAGAAAAAGAGUGGGAGGAAAGACUAGAAGGUUCUGUACCUGUUAACAGUGGCUGAUCCUAGAAGAGUGAAAUUUAGGUGAAAAUAACGGUGACAAGAAGCACACUGCCUGAUUCACAUAAGCAAGGCAUGCUGCAGGAAAGACAGGGUUCUUAUUAAUAUUUCCUUUCAUGUGCUUACAUAUGAGUUACAGUUGCUAAUCCUUUCCCACAGUUUAGCACCUAGUUAAAAGAAAGGGCUUCGGAAUCAGGACUGUCGUGAGGAUUGAUGAGCUAACAUUCCUAAAUCAGGGAGUUUGAAGUCUGGCCCAGGAUCUUCUAGAUUUUGACGUUCUCCUUGUCUUUGCUGUGUACCCCUGGGAGAAACAAAGGGUGAGAAGAAACAAGGGAAAGGAGAAACAUUUGUGUUUUCCAAGUUUUCAGUGUUGAUCAGCCAGCGGGAAUAAAGAGAAGAUGUGUAAGAUGGAGGGCAAAAGAGAUUCCCAGAAGCUGCUGCAGAUCGCUUCCAGUUGCAUUUCGAAAGCCAUUACUCAAGUGUAUAUUCACACCUAGCUGCAAGAAAGGCUGGGAUUGUAUUCUGUAUUCUGGGCAGUAAUGUGUCCCGCUGAGCACUGGAGUUUUAUUAAUAAGGAAGAAGGUAUUUUCCUCCUUUCCUGAAAUAAUGUGUAGUUCUGACCAAGUGAGAAGAAUCAUAAGAAUAUGGGAUUUUGAAAAACAUGAAAACAUCCUAAGAAAUACCAGGAAGGAGUCCCACAGUGAAGCACAAAUGAAACUCAAGAUGACUGCCUAAAAUAAGGAGCUGGGAACUGGAGAAGUCACAAGCACUGCAGGAGCCUAAUGCUGGAGAAAAUGCCUGUGAUGCAGGGGCUGGACGCUGGAGAAGCUGUGUGCAACACAGGAGCCAGGGGCUGGAGAAGCUGUGCGUGCUACAGGAGCCUGCCAGGCAAUCGGAGGAUCGUGUGGUUUACUUCCAGCCAGCUGCCCCGUGGUCCUCCAGCCAGCUCCGGGGGCCACAGGUUUCACACGCUCCGGGAGCGAUCCGAGAGCCGCCUUUUCGUGGAAAGUUACGCUGCCGCCUGGCAACCCCCGGGAACCUCGGGAGGGGCAAGUUGCUGCUCAUCCCUCAGUGCUCAAGUCAUGAGUAGCGAAUUCCUGGCUGAGCUGCACUGGGAGGAUGGGUUCGCCAUCCCGGUGGCAAACGAGGAGAACAAGCUACUGGAAGAUCAGUUGUCAAAGCUGAAGGAUGAAAGAGCAAGCUUGCAAGAUGAGUUACGUGAGUAUGAAGAGCGAAUUAAUUCUAUGACUUCUCACUUCAAAAAUGUUAAGCAAGAGCUCUCAAUUACACAGUCUCUUUGCAAUGCAAGGGAGCGUGAGACUGAAAGUGAAGAACAUUUUAAGGCCAUUGCUCAAAGAGAAUUGGGACGAGUGAAAGAUGAAAUUCAACGGCUGGAAAAUGAGAUGGCUUCAAUACUGGAAAAGAAAAGUGAUAAAGAAAAUGGCAUAUUUAAAGCCACUCAAAAAUUGGAUGGUUUGAAAUGUCAAAUGAACUGGGACCAGCAAGCAUUGGAGGCCUGGUUAGAAGAAUCAGCUCAUAAAGAUAGUGAUGCUCUCACUCUUCAGAAGUAUGCACAACAAGAUGAUAAUAAAAUCAGGGCACUGACUCUGCAAUUAGAAAGACUAACUUUGGAAUGUAAUCAGAAAAGAAAGAUACUUGACAACGAACUUACAGAGACUAUAAGCGCACAGUUAGAAUUGGAUAAAGCAGCACAAGAUUUUCGUAAGAUUCAUAAUGAAAGACAAGAACUCAUUAAACAAUGGGAGAACACAAUAGAACAGAUGCAGAAGAGGGAUGGAGACAUAGAUAACUGUGCUUUGGAAUUAGCAAGGAUAAAGCAGGAAACGAGAGAAAAAGAAAAUUUGGUUAAAGAAAAAAUCAAGUUUUUGGAAAGUGAGAUUGGGAAUAACACAGAGUUUGAGAAAAGAAUUUCUGUGGCUGAUCGUAAACUUUUAAAAUGUAGAACGGCAUAUCAGGACCAUGAAACUAGUAGAAUUCAGCUGAAGGGUGAGCUGGAUUCUUUAAAAGCCACUGUGAAUAGAACUUCCAGUGAUUUAGAAGCUCUGAGGAAAAAUAUUUCCAAGAUAAAGAAGGACAUUCAUGAAGAAACAGCAAAGUUACAAAAAACUAAAAAUCAUAAUGAGAUAAUACAAACAAAAUUAAAGGAGAUAACUGAGAAAACCAUGUCUGUAGAAGAGAAAGCUACUAAUUUGGAAGAUAUGCUAAAGGAGGAGGAAAAAGAUGUGAAGGAAGUAGAUGUUCAACUGAACCUCAUAAAAGGUGUGCUGUUUAAGAAAGCUCAGGAGUUACAGACUGAGACAAUGAAAGAAAAAGCUGUUUUAUCAGAAAUUGAAGGAACUCGUUCCUCUCUGAAACAUCUCAACCAUCAGUUACAAAAACUGGAUUUUGAAACCUUGAAGCAGCAAGAAAUUAUGUACAGUCAGGAUUUUCACGUUCAACAAGUGGAACGGAGAAUGUCACGGUUAAAGGGAGAAAUUAAUUCAGAAGAAAAACAAGCGCUUGAAGCAAAAAUUGUUGAACUUAAGAAGUCUUUGGAAGAGAAAAAAUCUACAUGUGGCCUUUUGGAAACACAGAUCAAGAAGCUUCAUAAUGAUCUUUAUUUUAUCAAGAAGGCACAUAGUAAAAACAGUGAUGAAAAACAGUCCCUUAUGACCAAAAUAAAUGAACUAAACCUUUUCAUCGACAGAUCAGAGAAAGAACUUGAUAAAGCCAAAGGUUUUAAGCAGGAUUUGAUGAUAGAGGACAAUCUUUUAAAACUUGAAGUUAAGCGUACUCGAGAAAUGCUUCACAGUAAGGCAGAAGAAGUUCUUUCCCUAGAAAAAAGAAAACAGCAAUUAUACACAGCAAUGGAAGAGCGAACUGAAGAAAUCAAGGUUCAUAAAACAAUGCUUGCGUCACAAAUAAGAUAUGUUGAUCAAGAACGGGAAAACAUAAGCACUGAGUUUCACGAGCGGCUAAGUAAAAUUGAGAAGCUGAAGAAUAGAUAUGAAAUUCUGACUGUUGUUAUGCUGCCUCCUGAAGGAGAAGAGGAGAAAACACAGGCCUAUUAUGUAAUAAAGGCUGCUCAAGAAAAAGAAGAACUUCAAAGGGAAGGUGACUGUUUGGAUGCCAAGAUCAACAAAGCUGAAAAAGAAAUCUACGCUCUAGAAAAUACCCUUCAAGUGCUGAACAGCUGUAACAACAAUUAUAAGCAAUCUUUUAAAAAAGUGACUCCAUCUAGUGAUGAGUAUGAGCUAAAAAUUCAACUAGAAGAACAAAAAAGAGCUGUUGAUGAAAAAUACAGAUACAAACAAAGACAAAUCAGAGAACUUCAAGAAGACAUCCAGAGCAUGGAAAAUACAUUAGAUGUUAUAGAACAUUUAGCAAAUAAUGUUAAAGAAAAGUUAUCGGAGAAGCAGGCUUAUUCAUUUCAACUAAGUAAAGAAACGGAGGAGCAGAAGCCAAAAUUAGAAAGAGUGACCAAACAGUGUGCAAAACUCACAAAGGAAAUCCGUCUUUUGAAAGACACAAAAGAUGAAACAAUGGAAGAACAAGACAUCAAACUUCGUGAAAUGAAACAGUUUCACAAAGUUAUUGAUGAAAUGUUAGUUGAUAUCAUAGAAGAAAAUACUGAGAUCCGUAUUAUCCUUCAAACAUACUUUCAACAGAGUGGGUUAGAACUACCUACAGCUAGCACAAAAGGCAGUCGUCAGAGCUCUAGAUCUCCUUCACAUACUUCACUAUCAGGAAGGUCAUCUAGGAGUACAAGUACAUCUACUUCUCAGUCUUCAAUUAAAGUACUGGAGCUUAAAUUCCCGGCCUCCUCUUCACUAGUAGGCAGCCCUUCUAGGCCAUCUAGUGCUAGUAGUAGCUCUAGUAAUGUUAAGAGCAAAAAGAGCAGCAAAUAAACAUUUUAAUCUCUUCUGAAAAAGUUGUAAACACAAAAACAAAAAUAUACUUUAAAAUACAAAACGACCCAACACAUUUUAUCUAGUGGAAAGUGUAAAAACUUAUUGGUAAGUAUAAAAACUGAUAGUUUAAAAAAAAAGGAACGUUCUCAUUUUCUCUACUGUUUUCUUCAUACUGAAGAAAUUAAUAGCAGAUUCUUGACAAGGCUACAUGUUAUACAAGCAUAGGAAAAAUGCUGUAUUUCACUGUAAUUUUGAUGUUCGUAGUGUUAAAAAAUAGUUUGCUUCAUUAUUUCAUGAAACUACACUCACUUCUAAUGUAACAAUCUUUCAAGAAGAAAUUUCUAAAGAUUUACUGUACUAUUAUGAGCGUACUGCAAUGUGAAAAUCUCAUUUACCCUACAAGACACCAAAAUUAGGUUUUCUUUAUUCAAAGUAACUAUUUCUCAGACUUUUGGGGAGAAAAAUUGUUAAAGGCAGUUUCUUCUUUUGCUAUAAUUUUUAACCAAAAAAUAGCAUCAACCCCUACCCACACCCCCCCCAAAAAAACCGGUAAGAGAAACACUGUGUAUCAAUUUUAAAAUGCAGCAUAAAUUUAUAAAAAUCACUUCUGACCUUGAAAUAAACGCAUUAAAGAUUUGCUUUCAGAUACAGCCAACCAAGUAUAAACAAUUUUCAAAUUUUCUUGAUUUAAUAAACGAUUUAAUGAAAGCUAGGUAUGACUUGAUUUGCAAUAGAAAUUUCAUUUACAGUUGGAGGUAGACUGCCAAAUGUAGUAGUUUUUCCAGUUAACGCUUCAUUAUAACAUGUGCCCAACACUUUGUACUCUUGGAAUAGAGUGUGGAAUAUUAUAAAACUGGAUUUUAAAUAAAUGUAUUAGAAUUCA